GUGUGUGAGAGAGAGAGUUGUGAGAGGGGAUCUGUUUGGAUGCUCUUUGGAUUCGGUCUCUCGUCUCUCCUCCGCUGCGGUAAUGAAGUGAUUUACAGAAUGACAAACACGCGCGAGGAGGUCUCGUUCUCCUGACUGGGCCGUGAAGAGCGCGUGAAUCACAUCGCAGCAGCUAUUGCAGAACGCACGCGCGAGGCUGGGGGUGUGUGUGUCUGUGUAUGUGUGUGUGUGUACACGUGAGUUCAUGUGGACGGAUGCAUGAGCUGUGAUAAAGAAUGGCUGCUUAUGUGUGAGCUGAAGUAAAGCUUCAUUAUCAAGAGAGAAAUCAGUGGAAGCCGUCGUGAUGUCUGUCGAGGUGAAUGAGAAACCGGACCCAGACGAACCACCAGCUGAACCCUCAGAUAAUGACGCCAAAGAUCAGACAGAAGAACUUCACAGCACCGAAGAGACGACAGAUGGGUCUACAAUCAAACCUGAAAACUCACCCAACACUGAAACUUAUACUGAAAGUUCUGGUAUAGGAACGGAGAAAUCCUUCAGUCCUGAUUCCGAAUCAAAUCCACUCAGUAGCAGCAGCAGCAGCUCUCAUGAACACAUACUAAAGGAAGGGUCAUCUGAAUGUUUGGAGGACUCUCAGACAACAUGUCCAGAUGACCAAAAUCAAGAUGAAUCUCCACCUCCUGAUGCCGAGAAGGAAGAUGCAUGUGUGCUUAAACCACUUCAAUCUGAAGCCAGUGUGACCUCCGACCCGAGCAGUGAGAACAUCAAGGACCACCAAUCAGCUCUGUACAGCUUUCUCAGUAAUUACAGCACCGUGCUGCCCAGGUUCCCUUACCACCAGUAUUCAAAUCUGUCCACCAGGAAUUACUUACCGGAAAACUGUUACACGCUGCCGCUGCACAGGGAUGGAUUCGCUCGAGGCGGACACACGCUGCCCACCUGUAACAACUCUACUAAAGGUGAACAGGAAGGCAUAGACCCGCGACCCUCUGUACCCAUCCUAGCCGGGACUCAUCAUACGAGGCAGAGUUUAGACCUCUCUGUGGAUGACCACCUGGGUCCGCUGGCCCAUCCGUAUUUACAGGAUCUGUACAGGAUGCAAACGCUCAUACCGAACAAACGUGCCAGCAUGGUGAGCCUGGACACCAUUCGCAAAGACCCUCGCUGGAGGGACCCAAACCUCAGAGAGGUCAUCGCCAUGUUGAGCCACCCCAUGGACCCGGUGAAGUCCAACGCCGCCGCGUAUCUGCAGCACCUCUGCUAUGAGAACGACAAUGUCAAGCAAGAGGUCCGACAGCUGAGAGGAAUCCCGGUCCUGGUGGCUCUUCUCGACCACCCCAAACCGGAAGUCCACCGUAAAGCAUGCGGCGCGCUGAGGAACAUCUCCUUCGGAAGAGACAACUUCAACAAGGUGGCUAUUAAAAAUUCCGACGGCAUACCCGCACUUCUUAGGCUGCUGAGGAGAUCGAAUGAUGUGGAGGUCAGAGAGCUGGUCACAGGAACGCUGUGGAAUCUCUCCUCUCAUGAACCUUUGAAGAUGAUCGUCAUUAACCACGGCCUGCAGACGCUGACAGAUGAGAUCAUCAUUCCACAUUCGGGUUUAAGGGGCGACCCCAACGACCCGGCCCGACCCGGAGACCCGGAGUGGAACACGGUCUUCAAGAACACAUCUGGAUGUCUGAGACUGUGUUGCGUUUACAGGAACGUCAGUUCAGACGGCGCUGAAGCUCGACAGAGACUGCGGGAAUGUGACGGACUCGUGGACGCACUGCUACACGCGCUUUACUCCGCUGUCGCUAAAAGAGACAUGAAUAACAAAUCAGUGGAGAACAGUGUUUGUAUUCUGAGAAAUCUGUCAUAUCAUGUUCAUAAAGAGGUGCCCGGCGCUGAGAAGUUUCAUCUUCAAACAGCCAAUCACACUUCAAAAUCAGGUGGUCACCAUAAGAAGAAAGAAGAUCUGGACUGUUUUGGUGGACGGACCACUAAAGAGGAAUGGUUUCAUCAGUGCAGAAAACACGGUGUGAGUGAGAAGAAAGUCAGUAGUGUGGAUUUGCCCAAAAGGAGUUUACCGAUGAGAGGUCUGGAGCUUCUGUAUCAGCCGGAGGUGGUUCGACUUUAUCUGUCGCUCCUUAAACUCAGCCAGAACCACAACACACUGGAGGCUGCGGCUGGAGCUCUGCAGAACCUCGCUGCUGGACACUGGGCCUGGUCCAAUUAUAUUCGAGCAACUGUACGUAAAGAGAAAGGUCUGCCGGUUCUCGUCGAGCUCCUUCAUUCUGAUGCCGAUAAAGUCGUGAGGGCCAUCGCCAUUGCACUGCGAAAUUUAGCCAUUGACCACAAAAAUAAAGAUCUCAUCGGGAGUUACGCCAUGCGAGACCUGGUCAGUAAUUUGCCCUGCGGCCAGCAGCGACCCGCCAAGAACCUGGAGGGAGACACAGUGGUGGCCAUUCUGAAUACCAUCCUGGAGAUCGUCUCGGAUAACCUGGAGAACGCUCGCUUCCUCAUUCAAGGACAAGGAAUCCAGAAACUGGUGUCCAUCAACAGAACAAGCCAAUCAGUGCGUGAGACCAAAGCAGCAUCACACAUCCUCCAGACCGUAUGGGCCUAUAAAGACCUGAGACAGACGCUCUGUAAGGCCGGCUGGAACAAAACUCACUUUAAGCCGGCCGUCUCUGGUCUACCGAAGAAACAGAAGAACACGAAGCAAGGCAACGAUGACAUCACACUGCCAUUAAUGGAGAAAAAUCAAGACGGAUACUGUCCUGUUGAUCCGGUGGAGAGGAUGGGAGACGCUCCGUGUCACGUGAUCGAGCGGGAAUCUUUUCAGGGUGUAAAUGAGAAGAGACCAUUCAUCAGGACCAGCAGACCUGCGGUUGGUUUAGUGGAGCGAACACCACAGCCACUGGACUCAUGGGUCUGAUACUGUAAACACCACGGUUUAAGAUCAUCAUUAUAAACUGAUAUUAUCUGCACAAAUCAUCACUCGAUUAAACCAGAGAAAUAUUCAGACAUAUCAUAAGCUGUGCAUUGAUUUCAACACCAACCAAAUGAUGAAAUAUUGAUUUAAACCGUGUGUGACCUGAAAGAAAUUCAAUCAUUUGCUGCUUUGGCAACUUUCACUGUUAACUUCAAGAAAUCAUUUGACUGUACGUCUUGUUUUAAAUCAGAUUGUAGUCAUAUUAUGAUCGACUUGUAUCAAUGUUUCUGUUUUUUUUCUUUUUGUUAUUGAAUCUUUAAACUGUAUGAUAUUGUUUUAGAUAUUUCUGUAAUCAUUUAGCAGGUUUGGGCCUUUUAAUGUACAAAAGAGAUAAAAUGACAGAAUAUUA